AAGUGAUCAUCAGUGUUUGUUCGAGCGCAAUGGAAGUGCCACCGUGGCCUUAAGAAGACAAACCUCCCAUACUUUCCCUUCCAGUGUAUGUGUUUGACCGCUUUCUUGCUUUCAGAAUUGACGUGUGUUGAAAUGUAAAUACACACCAUCACGCUGUCGGUAUACAUGUUUCGGAGGAGUGUGUCUUAGCGCAAGUCUUCAAUCUGGAUCACCGCAGAAGGAGCAGCAGAGGGAAGAGAGAGGAGAUCUCCCGAGCAAAACUCCUCCUGUCCAAAAACAACAUGUUCUCCAAAUUUACCUCCAUCCUACAGCACGCUGUCGAGGCGCUUGCGCCGUCACUGCCAUUGCAAGAAGAUUUCGUCUAUCAUUGGAAGGCCAUCACACAUUAUUACAUAGAAACCUCAGAUGACAAAGCUCCCGUGACAGACACCAACAUUCCCUCCCACCUGGAGCAGAUGCUGGAUAUUCUGACCCAGGAGGAGAGGGAGAGGGAGUCAGGAGAGACGGGACCCUGUAUGGAAUAUCUUCUCCACCAUAAGAUACUGGAGACUCUCUACACCCUGGGAAAAGCAGAUUGUCCUCCUGGAAUGAAACAGCAAGUUUUGAGUUUCUACACCAAGCUCUUGGGUCGAAUUCGCCAACCUCUCCUGCCUCACAUCAAUGUGCACAGACCUGUACAGAAACUGGUUCGCCUGUGCGGGGAGGUUCUGGCUGCUCCUACAGAGAAUGAAGAGAUCCAGUUUCUGUGUACAGUCUGUGCCAAACUUAAGCAGGACCCAUACCUUGUCAACUUCUUUCUGGAAAAUAAGAAUAAACGAUUAGAAGCUGGUAAAGAAGCUGGAACUGACCAGGUGAAAGAUGAUCCUUCUUCUCCGGAUACAGGACAGAAUCAAAACCAAAAUUCUAGUCUGGAAGAUUCAGCCAGUCAAGCCCCCAGCCCAGCAGAAGCAAAACCGUCCUCCGUCCACAACACACUGCCAAACAACGACAACUAUAACCUAGUCAGCUCCCUUCUGAACCUCACUAAGAGUCCAGAUGGUCGUAUUGUAGUGAAGGCAUGUGAAGGUCUGAUGCUGAUAGUCAGUUUGCCGGAGCCGGCUGCAGCCAAAUGUCUGACAGAAAACACAGAGCUCAGUCAGCUGCUCACCGAUCGACUGGGACAGUUUUACCGUGCCCUUCCCCAGUCAAUGGACCCUUUGGAUAUUGAAACUGUGGAGUCUGUAAACUGGGGGCUGGAUGUGUACAAUCUAAAAGAAGACGCUGCUGCUUUUGCUGGCAAACGUGCACUUAUUUCCUUUUUAUCGUGGCUGGACUAUUGUGAUCAGCUCAUCAAAGAGGCUCAUAAGUCAGCUGCUGCAGUUCUGGCUCGAGCUGUAAGAGAGCGGUUCUUUGUUGCUGUGAUGGAACCUCAGCUAAUGCAAACGUCAGAGGUUGGCAUUUUAACUUCUACAGCCCUGUUAAACCGGAUCAUCAGACAGGUGACAUCAGAAGCCCUACUUCAAGAGACCAUUUACUUCCUGUUGGGAGAGGAAACAGGGCCAGAGACACUUGCUGGCAUUACUCAGCAUCCCCUGAGACACAGACUCAUAGAACAUUGUGAUCACUUGUCAGAUGAGAUAAGUAUCAUGACCCUACGACUCUUUGAGCAUCUGCUCCAGAAGCCAUGUCAGCACAUUCUUCAAAACCUGGUGCUGCGCUGCUUGGAAGAAAGAAAUUACAGCGAGAACAAACAGCAGGAGGAGCGAGAGGAGCGCGAGCACAUGGAGAACGGCCAACCGCAUGACGCCGUAGAUCUGGAGGAAGAUCCACUGUUCUCAGAUCUUUCUCCUGAUAACAGACUCUCCAGCCCUGAUUGGUUAAGUUGUUCACCACCAGCAAGCACAGAACACACAAAGCCUGAUGGGAAGACGGAGGUGCACAAAAUAGUUAACAGCUUCCUGUGUUUGGUGCCUGAUGAGGCCAAGUCAUCGUAUCAGGUCGAGGGCACAGGUUAUGACACCUACCUUAGGGAUGCACACAGACAGUUUCGGGACUACUGUGGAAUUUGUCAGAAGUGGGACUGGCGUAGCACCCCAAAACCCUUUGAGAAGUGUAAUCUUGACAGUCCUUUUUUUGAAGGACAUUUCCUCAAAGUGCUGUUUGACAGAAUGGGACGAAUCCUUGAUCAGCCGUAUGAUGUGAAUCUGCAGGUGACGUCGGUGUUGUCUAAGCUGUCUCUUUUGCCUCAUGCUCAUCUUCAUGAGUAUCUGCUGGACCCAUACAUUAACCUGGCGCCGGGCUGCAGGUCGCUCUUCUCAGUCAUCGUCAGGGUGGUUGGAGAUUUGAUGCUGCGAACUCAUCGCAUCCCUGAAUUCACUCCUAAACUCCUGCUAGUGAGGAAGAGACUUCUGGGACUAGAGCCAGAGGGGAUGAGUGUCGAUCAUGUGACUUUGCUGGAAGGCGUCAUUGUUUUGGAGGAGUUCUGCAAAGAGCUGGCGGCGAUUGCGUUUGUGAAGUUUCAUGCGUCUGCCUCGACCUCCCCAUGAUCCGCACAACACUGUACUCCGGACACAAACAGACGAAUAAACAGAUAAAAGGAGGUGGAUGACAGAACGACUAACCCAACUGCACUCAUCCAGAACGAUGCCUGCGGGGGAAUCACAUUCAAGGAUGCUUCAUUCGUGUUUUCUCUGGGAUGUUUCAGUAACUAUGACUGAGAAAGCUGUUUUCUAAAGGCAUCAGAGUGUAGCAGUUUAUAACAGGACGAGUGAAUUAUAACUCAUUGAACAGCCCAUGUGGAGCACGGAGAGAGGAUUUAGUUAUUUAUAUAUAUAUAUAUAUAUAUAUAUAUAUAUAUAUAUAUAAAUAUAAACUCCACGAGUACAGGAUGAUAAUGCCACACAAAUUAGGUCUAAAAGUGAGAAAUGACUUCAGUUUGAUUCAAUUAAUUAAAGGAAAAAAGUCAAGACAUGUUAAGUUAAAUAUUUAAUUAAUGAAUAUCGUUUGUCAUUUGCAGUAUCAAAUACUUUAGAUACAGUAUCAAUUACUUUAGAUAAUUUAGUCUGUCGUUCUUCUUCUGAGAAAAAAAAACUGUCUGUGAGCAGAAACACAAAAGUUCCUUUAUAAUGAAAAAUUAUAUCAACUCAGGACUCGAAGCUUUUAAGUAAUUGGAGUAUCCGAAAACAAACCAAGUUUUUAAAACCAAAAUCCUCUCUCGUUUUUUUUCUUUUCUUGGUGUAUUAUUUUUAAAGUGAACUGAACCAAAUGCGAUGCGGACUGGAUUGAUUUGAGACUGCGCACAUUUUGCACUCAAACCGGUUUCCACUGGUGCAGAGAGCUGUUUGUCCUUCAUGAUCCCGACAGUGUUUCCAAACUAUUUUAGUUGUUUAACUUGACAUAUGUUAUGUGUGUGUGUGCCUUGGUCUCAGCUAGACAGUAGCUGUGUCCUUCAUCUUGUAUCAUCAUGUAUUUAUUACUGAUUAUUAUAGAAAAAUAGUUUUAAAGGAAUAGUUCACCUAAAAUGUAACUUCAUUUUUCCUCUGUGAAAGAGACGAAUGUCCUGGACGCUCUUUUUCAUGCAAUACGGAUGAAUGCAAAUGGACGCAAAAAGCACCUUACAUUUUGUGCACUUUAUUCUAAGUCUACUGGAUGAUUUUAAAGGAACGCUUCACUUAUUAUUAUUUAGAUAGGAUCCUUUUACAUAUGCCCUAUAGUUAAGCAGUUGACUUUUGAAUCCAUUUAGCCCAUCUCUUGAUCUAGCGAGAGCACUUUUAGCUUAGCUUAGCAUAGAUCAUGGAGUCAGAUUAGACCAUUAGCAUCUCUCCCAAAAAUGGCCAAAGAUAUUCGAUAAUUUUCCUAUUUAAAGAAUUUGAAAUUUUGAAUUUGUUCAUUAUUGCUAGAAACUAGACUCACAGCAAUGUUCCUUGAUUUAUUACGCCAGGAUGAAAGCUAAAAUUGUAACUUUUCAUAAUUUUGUCAGUCCAAGUGCACAAUGUAACUUCAGAAAAGUCUAACUUUAAAUAGGAAAGUCAUCAAAACUCUUGACAUUUAAGCGAGAUGCUAAUGGUCUCAUCUGAUUUAAUGAUCUAUGUUAAGCUAAGCUAAAAGUGCUCCUGUCAGACCUGGAGAUUGGCUGAGUGAAUUCAAAAAUGGUAAAACUCUCAGAUAAACUAAAACUGUUUAAAUCUAGAGGAGAUGUAAAAUGAGCGUUAUUUAAUAAAUUUAAAACCUUUUUAUUUUAGUGUAGCGUUGAUUAUUGAAUCGGAUUAGACCGUUAGCAUCUCGCUCAAAAGUCACUAAAGAGAUUUGAUAUUUAAAACUUGAUUUUCCUGUAAUUUUGUUGCAACACUGACAUAAAAUGAACUUUUGCUAUUUUUUAGAUCAUUAUGGCUAAAAACUAGACGCGCAGCAAUGUUUCUUAAAUUAUUACGCCGGAAUGAAAGCUAAAAUCGUAACUUUUCAUGUUUUGUCAGUCCAAUAGCACAAUGUAACUUCAGAAGAGUCCAGCUUUAAAUAGGAAAGUUAUCAAAACUCUGUCAUUUAAGCAAGAUGCUAAUGGUCUAAUCUGAAUUAAUAAUCUAUGCUAAGCUAAGCUAAAAGUGCUCCUGUCAGACCUGGAGAUUGACUGAUUGGAAUUUAAAAAAUGUAAAACUCAACUGUUUAACUUUUAGGGAGUUGUAAAAGGAGCCUAUUUUUUUUAAUUUAUAACCUUUUUAGCUUAGCUUAGCAUAUAUUGAAUCAGAUUUGACCAUUAGCAUCUCGCCCAAAAUUGCCAAAGAGAUUUGAUAAUUCUUCUAUUUACAGCUUGAUUUUUCUGUAAUUUCAUUGCAACACUGACAUAAAAUGAACUGUUGCUAUUUUUUAGGUCAUUAUGGCUGGUAACUACACUUGCAGCAAUGUUGCUUGAUUUAUUAAGCCAGAAUGAAAGCAUAGUUUCUAGCUAUAUCAGCCUAGAAAAUAGCAACUUCUCAGAUUCUGUUGGUCCAAGUACACAAUGUAAAUUCAGAAGAGUCCAGCUUUAAAUGAUCAAAACUCUUGUCAUUUAAGUGAGAUGCUAAUGGUCUAAUCUGAUUCAAUGAUCUAUGCUAAGCUAAGCUAAAAGUGCUCCUGUCAGACCCCAAGAUUGACUAAAUGAAUACAAAAAUGGUAAAACUCAACUGUUUAACUUAAGGAGAGUUGUAGUAGCCUAUUUUCAACAAACAAAGCGGAGUGUUUCUUAAAAAAGGCUUGGAAUAUAAUGCACAGGAUCUCUUUUGUGGUGCUUGGUAGUAAAAAUUCCCAUUUUUGUAUAGAAAAGAGAAUGUUUUGUUUUAUUUUUUGCAUGAAAUAUUCCUUUUAAAGCUCAGAAAUGAUCAUCUAGGUUAGUUUAUCUGCUUCCUUACAGGGGAUACCGUUAUACAAUUGCAUUUUGUGUCAGUAUGGAAUUCUACCAGCAAUAGUGUUAUUCAUCAGGCUGAUUCUUCAUCUGCUCUUUGUAAAGGACAUGCUGUGCUAAAUGCACACACUGUACAUUUGGCAGAGAAAGGGCACAGCUUGAAACGGGGGUUGGGAUUUUCAUUUUAAUUUCAGAGAGAUUGCUUUCAGGGCUUUUUUCAAAAUCUAUGGUGGCUUGGUCUUUACAGGGUUUGGAUUUCUGUGUCUCGAACAUUACCUUUCAUCUUCCAUCCAUAAAAGUGUGUUUAAAAGGGAUUGUUCACCCAAAAUCCCAAACCGAAAUGGUUGAAACCUGUAAACUUAGGAAAAACAAAUACAAUUGACUAAAUAGGUUUUCAGCAUUUUUCUAAAUAUCUUCUUUAGUGUUCAACAGGAAAACAAAAACAGGUUUGUGACUGAAUGUGGCUCAAUGUUUUGGGUGAACUAUCCUGUUGAAGCCGGCAUUGUGUCACCAUUUGUGUUCAUUGUCAAGACUUGCACACUCGUGUCUGUUUUUCCAUUUUACAUGUGGGGGAAACCUAAACGUCUGUCUUUUAAAUAGUUUUUUCUUUGACAACCAAAGGAUUUAUCAUCAUGGCAAAUGCAUUGGUGUUUCAUAAAGAAAAACAGUGCGUCUUUUUUAUGUUAUUCUUGAUCAUGCACAUUUUAUACCAAGAACGAUGUGUAUAUAUAUAUAUAUGUAUAUAUACAUACAAAUGUACAGUAAAAACAGUAGUGAUGUCUGGUGUGAAAUGCAUGCAAGGUCAUAUUUGUUCAUAUGCAGCAGAAGAAAGCAAAUUUCAAUCCAAUCUGCCAUUACGUUUAAAUUUUUUUUUUGCUUUUUAUUUAUGGGGAAAUUUGUGAUGCCUUAUUUUAAAUGCAGCAAUUGGUUACACUCAAUAACCUCAUUAUUUUGUUUUAUUUGCCUAAGAAAAUUGGUCUUUAGUUUAAUGGUUCAUUUUAUUUUUUAAAGAAAGCUUGUAAAACAAUGUAAAAAGAUUCUGCUCUUUCUCUUUAAUUUUUCUAAGUAUGUAAUUCAUCUGCUUUGACCCUAUCACUGUUCUGCUUUACUGCUUUAUACCCAUUAUUUAUACAGAUGUAGCUCUUUCAGCUGUCAGGAGGAAUCUACUGUUGAAUCCACUGCCAUGGUGUCACUAUGCGACACUUUUUAGACGACGGCUUUCAUCGGGUAUCAUUUUAGGGAUGAAAUGUCAUGUGAUCUCAGUUGCUCGAUUCUGCUGGGCUAUAGUGAAUCUCUCUAAUGAGGUUUGUUGUUGCCUUUGACUUUCUUUACUUCCCUUCACUCCGUCCCAAUUAAAACCUUUGCUUUCUUCAGA